AAGAAUGAAAUUGAAUUUAAACCGAUAAAAUUUUCAUUCUUGAUUUGUUUCACUUGUGUAUUUUCCAACUUUUUUCAAUGAUGAAUCGUUCAAUUCUGUUAACUUUUGCAAUCAUAGCAUUGAUCUUUCAACCAUCAAUACAACAGAAUGGUAACCAGAAUGAUAAUCAACAAGGCAAUAAUUUAUUGAUGCAAUUGUUGAAUCGUAAUAUACAAUCGACGAAACAGGAAGUAAAUCGAAUGCAAAAUCAAUUACGAAACAACAACAACAAUAAUAAUAAUAAUGGUGGAACAUCGAAUGCAUCAAAUCGUUUACAAAAAAUACAAAAAGAUUUAGAUAUGGUGAGGAAUCUUGGACAAAACCUAGAACAUCAAGAUGGUAUUGAUCAAAAUAUAAUGGCAAUGUUGAAUGGUAUUGUUGAUCAAAUACGUUAUAAAGCACAACGAAUUGCGAUGGAAUCUGGACAAUUGAACCAACAAAAUUAUAAUAAUAACAAUAAUGGAAUGAACGGCGGCAACAACGGUUUACAACAACGGUAAUAAUGGUGGAAAUUCCAAUCAAAAUAUGCCAACAACGAUGAAUCCAAAUAAUAUCGAUAUGGAUGAUAUUAGUACUGAUGGUCUGACUCCAAAUAACGGCAACAGCGGUAACAACAACGGUAAUAACGGUGGAAAUUCCAAUCAAAAUAUGCCAACAACGAUGAAUCCAAAUAAUAUCGAUAUGGAUGAUAUUAGUACUGAUGGUCUGACUCCAAAUAACAAUAACAAUCAAAACAUGAAUAAUCAACGAAGAAAACGUUCGAAUAUACCAAAUACACAAAAUGAUCCACAAUUGGAUCAGAAUGGCAAUAUUUUUAAUUCAGACAAACAAUCCAAUGAUAAUCCAUUACAAAAUCGCCGUCGUCGUCGAUCUAGUGAUUAUGGUAAUUUACCAAAUAUCAACAAUAUUGACAAUUUGGAUGAAAAUGGUAACAUUUUGGAUACGGACAAUUUACCCACUAAUAAUCGACGAAAAAAACGUUCCACUGAUCCGAAAUUAUCUAGUGAUAAUUUACCAAAUAUCAAAGAUGUUGUCAAUUUGGAUGAAAAUGGUAUCAUUUUGGAUGCUGACAAAUUUCCCACUAGUAAUCUGUUUGGAUCAAAAAAUCGUAAAAAACGUGGUGCACUACAAGAUCUUGUGAAUAGUAUGCCAUCAUUAUCAAAAUUAACUCAGAAUGGUAAUCUUUUAGAUCCAGAUACAUUACCAAAUCUUAAUGGAUUACCUAGCUUGGAUACAUUGUUACCUAAUCUAGGUGGUAAUCGUCGUCGUCGUUAAUCUGUCAUUAAAAAAAAUCUUUGCCAUUAGAUGGCAACAUGAGUUUCAGUCAUAAAAAAUAAUUUGAUUUCAUUAUUAUUACUGA